CGGCGGCGACGUGUGAGCACGUGCCUCGCUGCCUGGCGACGCCUGCAGACGAGAGGGGCCCGCCCACGCUCGGCCAAUAGAGCUGCUCGGCUGGGCCCAGAGCCGGGCCGACAGAUUGCGGCUCAGUGGUGAGCGCAUCCGUCUGAUGAGCUGGGACAGCUGAGCGCUGCCGAGCGGUGAGCUGGGAGGACUGAGCGCUGCCGAGCGGUGAGCUGGGAGGACUGAGCGCCGCCGAGCGGUGAGCUGGGAGGCCUGAGCGGUGCCGAGCGGUGAGCUGGAAGAACUGAGCGCUGCCGAGCGGUGAGCUGGGAGAGCUGAGCGCUGACGAGCGGUGAGCUGGGAAGACUGAGCGGUGCCGAGUGGUGAGCUGGGAGAACUGAGCGCUGCCGAGCGGUGAGCUGGGAGGACUGAGCUCUGCUGACGCCGUCGUGAUGUCGGUAGACGUUGAAGCGGUGCGCGACCGAGCGCACGGCCUGUGCCGGGACUACCUGCACGGAGCCUGGCAGCUCAUCUCAGCCGAUGACAUGCUCAUCAAGCCCAUCAGUGGCGGCCUGAGCAACGUGCUGUUCCUGUGCGAGCUGCCGCAGCGUCAGUCGUCGCUGGCCGACGAGCCGACCCGGGUACUGCUGCGGAUGUACGGACAGGUGCAGGAGGGAAGUCAUGAGUCCAUCACCGAGUCGGUGAUCUUCACGCUGCUAGCGGAGCGGAGGCUGGGACCCAAGCUGUACGGCAUCUUUCCUGGCGGCCGGCUCGAGGAGUUCAUACAGGCUUCGUCACUAUCCUACAGCGAACUUCGGGAUCCACGAAUCAGCCAGCAGAUUGCCCAGAAAAUGACUACGGUGCACUCUCUCAGGGUGCCAAUCUGCAAGGAGCCCACUUUCAUGUGGCAGACGAUGAAAAAGUGGAUUCACUUGGUUAAUGACUACUUGAAGGACACUACGUCGGUGGAACACCGAGACAAAGCGGACAUCAUCGAGGCCUUGCGACUCUGCGUCUUCGAGGACGAGGUGGACUGGCUCAAACGCCUCUUCGCCAGGGCGCCGUCGCCGGUGGUCUUCUGCCACAACGACUGCCAGGAGGGCAACAUCCUGAGACCGAACGGCGGCCGGCCCGGCCAGCACCAGCUCACGCUGAUUGACUUCGAGUACUGCAGCUACGGCUACCGCGGCUUCGACGUGGCCAACCACUUCUGCGAGUGGCUGUACGACUACGCGAUCGACGAGUAUCCCCAUUUCAGCGAACACCCAGAGAACUGGCCGACGGAGCAGGAGCAGCUGCGCUUCAUUCGUGCUUACCUCCGGCACCGCAACAACACGGCGGAGGAGCGAACACCUCCAGCCGAAAACGGCGACGAGAAGACGUACAGCGCAGAGGAGGUGGAGGAGCAGAGGAUGCUGGACGAGGUCAAAGUCUACUGCCUCGCCUCCCACCUGUUCUGGACGCUCUGGAGCGUGGUCAACGCCCACGUCUCUGCCAUCUCGUUCGGCUACUGGGAGUACGCCUUCUGCCGGCUGAGGGCUUACCAGACACAGAAGCAGCUCCUGAUGAAGGCCGACCCGAGGUGCCCCAAGAUGACGGACGGCGGCAAGCGCCGGCCCACGCACAUCGAGUAGAGGGCAGCACCUCGGCGGGGUUUGCAGUUGAUGGAGGUGGACCAAGUAGAGGGCGGCACCUGACCUCCGUUCGCUACCACCAGGAGCGGAGCUGGACCAAGUAGAGGACGGCACCUGACCUCCGUUCGCUACCGCCGGGAGCGGAGGUGGACCAAGUAGAGGGCGGCAUCUGACCUCCGUUCGUUGCCGCCGGAAGCGGACCCGAGUGGAGUGCAUCUCGCCUGUAAAGCAUGUUCCUUCCGGAGCGCCGGGCGCUCAUCGUCUGCCGCUCAUCCUACCAGCCAAUCGAAUCAGAGGCAAGCACAGAAGUUGGCUGUGAGGUUCCACAGCGCUGGCAGACCGAAAGUCGGCAGAUGUCACCGCGCGGAACACCGGCCCGGCAUUCCACCAUUCACCGCUUGCCCUGCACGCUCGCAUCAUCCCGUCUGGGAAGCGGCUGAGUCAGCAGCCGUCCCCCGUGUCAGCCCCACGGCCGCUGUGGCGCGAUUCCGCCCGAGUAUCGGCACAAACCCCGAUGGUGAGCUCCUGUGAGGGACAACACCCGGUAGCGGCGGCCACACACUGGCAGCAGUAUUGCACGCCUCUUGCCUCCAGCCUGAACCCGCAGCUUUCAACUGGUUCGUUCCGGUAGAAGGGGCUCUAACCUAGUAAAACAAACCCUGCCUAAGCGCCUCGACAAGUUAGCUCAAUGGCGUUGAAGGACUCACGCCUCUCGAGCACACUAUUGCUCAUCGGUGUACAUCGACUCUGCUAAGGCAGAGUCGGAGUAGGCACCGCUGCCACCACGGCGAAUGCAGUUUCUCGCGCCGAGGGCACUCGCAGUGCCUUACCUGCCUUACCCGUCACCUUAGUGCCCUACCCUCGUCCACCACGAAGACCCCAUAUAGCUUCCACGCGUGAAGAAGAUGGACGCAUCGCAUGCAGCUAGUAGUGCGCCUUCUGACAGCGAACUGGCAUCGGUGUUACUGUUAUCAAAUGUACGUAGAAAAUUUACAGAAGCGCCUUCAAUGAGAGUAGACAGCGGGUAGAGUUGCCUCAACACACAGCGAUAUUAUGUUUGCACGUAGUACGAGGCAAUAAUCAGUUUGAUGGCUUGAUUUUGACACCUGCUUCAUGGCAUGAAGAUUGCCGUGCCCGGAAGUGCUCAUAAUGCGACGUUAGUACAUGUAUCUAAGAAUCAAUGUAUGAGAUAUAAAGGAAGAGGAGUAAUCGCUCAAAACGACAUACAAGUAUUGAAUAUAA